UUUUGGCAGGUGGUUGAUGGAAACCACAUGAUGGUUCAGCCCCUGAAGUCAUUUGUGUGUCUGUGUGUGCGAGCGUGUGUGCGAGCUCUGUACCUCAUUGAAACCAGCUUGCCUACAAGGAAGUCAACCCCUCUCAAUCCCCUCUAGUACAGUACAGCCUCCUCCAGUCCUGCGAAGGGCUUGACACACUCAGCUCCAGUCUGCUGGCAAAAGGGGGGGAAAAAAACCAUACAAAAAACAAGCGGAGGAACAGAAAAAAGACGGACUUUAACAAGGCGGCCGAGGAGAAGGCGCUUGGGUGGAGAAGAAAGAGCUGCUUCAGGUGUGAUUCCAAGGACCAAACUCUGAUCUGAAGCCUGGGACCUCCCACUAUGGAGCACUUCCUUCUUCUGAUACCUCUCCUGGGUCUGGUGAGCAGUGAACUGCCAUUUGUACAAAGAGGAUUCUGGGACUUCUCCAUGGACGAUCCCUCGGUCCAGGAAGAGGAAGAGGCUUCUGGGAUCUUCCCUACUUCGAGUGGAGCUGAGGCAGAAGACAUUCCUUUCUAUCCAGGCCUCUGUCCCUUUGGCUGUCAUUGCCACCUAAGAGUGGUCCAAUGUUCUGAUCUGGGUCUCAAGCAAGUGCCUAAGGAAAUCUCUCCAGACACUACAUUGCUAGAUCUGCAAAACAACCAGAUUACGGAGCUGCGCAAAGAUGACUUUAAAGGGCUCUUUCGCCUCUAUGCUUUGGUAUUGGUGAACAAUAAGAUCUCCAAGAUCCAUCCAAAGGCUUUUAGUCCUCUGAUUAAGCUGCAGAAACUCUACAUCUCCAAAAACAACUUGGUGGAGAUUCCUCCUAACCUGCCCAACUCCUUGGUGGAACUCCGGAUCCAUGAGAACAAAAUCAAGAAGAUCCCAAAGGCUGUGUUCAAUGGGCUCCACAACAUGAAUUGCAUUGAGAUGGGUGGGAACCCUCUGGAGAACAGUGGAUUUGAACCCGGAGCCUUUGACGGCCUAAAAUUGAACUACCUGAGGAUCUCAGAAGCAAAGCUCACUGGUGUACCCAAAGACCUCCCUGAAACCUUAACUGAGCUACAUCUGGACCACAACAAGAUCCAAGCAAUUGAAUUAGAGGAUCUGAUCCGCUAUUCCAAAAUCUACAGAUUGGGCCUCGGACACAACAAUAUUCGCAUGAUUGAGAAUGGCAGUCUUGCUUUCUUGCCUAUCCUACGCGAGUUGCACUUGGAUAACAACAAGCUCUCAAGAGUCCCCCCGGGAUUGCCUGAUCUCAAGUUUCUGCAGGUGGUGUACUUGCAUUCCAACAACAUUACUCAUGUUGGCGUUAACGAUUUCUGCCCUGUGGGCUUUGGGGUCAAGCGUGCCUCGUACCAUGGAAUCAGCCUUUUUGGCAACCCUGUGCCUUAUUGGGAAGUUCAACCAGCUACCUUCCGCUGUGCCACUGAUCGCCUGGCUAUCCAGUUUGGCAACUACAAAAAAUAAAAAUCAAGAAUAAACGAGGGAGGGAGGGCUGGGUAGAGGGACAAGGUAAACCCAAUGGGGAAAUGAGGGGGGUGGGAGUAGGGAGGGGGAUGGGAAUCAGGCGAUGGUGAAAUGAGGCCCAUUCUGGAGAAGUGGGAGUCACCGGUAUGGUCAUGCUAACAAAAAAAAGUCAAGAAUUAUUGACUUCUACGAGCCAGCCAAUGUCCGGGAUAGAGAAAGGGAUGGGAAGGAAGUUCAUAGAGCAAAGUGAAGAGAAAUAGAUGAAGAUCUUACAAUAUGGUCCAUUUAACUAGCCUACAUUAGUCCUGCAUUUGAAAUCAGCUCGUUAUGAUCUGCAAACAAGUACUUUGUCUUUCUAGUUCCAACAGGUUUGAUGCUACUGCUGGCUUGUCUGGGGCAGAACAGGGUGGGAGGGGGGUGGAGGGGUGGGAAUUGAAGGGAUUCUGGCCUAUAGUUUUGUUUGCAUGAGCAGUCCACUCUGUCAGACCUGCUACACCGGUAUAUUGUUGAUUUGUGAUUGACUUAUGUGCCCAUUGAAUUUAGCAGCUUGCAGUAUGGAUGUCAUUUUCUGACCGCAACCUUCAUAUGUUAUAGAAUGUGUUGGGUGAUCCAAUGAAUUCUGUUUCUGCAUUUCUUUAACUUGCAAAAUCAGCCUCUGUAUAUCUUUUUUUUAAAAACAAAAACAAAAGAGGAAGGCACCUCUAUAUAAUGUACAUCAAUCUUAUACCAAUUAAACUAUCAUGGCUCCUGCCAAAGUAUCCUA